AUGAGCACCCAGAACGUUCCCACCCUUCUUCAGGAUGCCGGAAACAUCGUAUGCAGCGAACUGGACCUGGAUGCUCUCCUGGGGUUCUUCAUCGCCCAGUGGUUAGGCUACGGUUUUCCGUUCAGCUCCGCACAAUUCUCUUGGCGCUUCCCACUUGCGUUCCAGUGCUUCCCUGGACUCAUUCUGUUUCCCGGUAUCUUUUUCCUCAAAGAAUCUCCAUGCUGGCUCGUGGAAAGGGACCUCUAUAAGAAGCCAUGGCUUCGCUUCAGAAGCUUCGCAGCGGCUAUGACUCAGAUCAUCGACCUUGAGUACCGCGAACUUCGCGACGUCAUUGCGGCCGAUCGGGUACUGGGUAACAUUACUUGGCUAUCGAUUAUUACCAAAGCUUCGUGGUACAAGCGUAUUCUUUUCGGGUGUGGUGUCCAAGCCUUUGGCCCUCUCUCUGGUAUCCACGUGCGUGCCUACAUGUUUCCUGUACUCGAAGAAUGA